AUGCCUCAGCCAACGACAGCAGGAGCUCGUCGACAUCGAGUAGAGGAGACAGCGAAUGGCCAUUCUGACCGUGAGACCUUCUGUAGUCUGCCUUGCACGGGGUUCCAUCUGCUAAGCGAGAUGCCGGGCGCGCAAUGCUGCGGCGCCGUUCGAGACACUGAUAAUUGUAGCUGGGAUAAAUGA